CAUUUUCUCUAACUCCUCAUCUCUCCCACAAACACAUUUUUCUCAUCUCAAAAAUUGGAUCAAAAAGGUUUCAUCAGAAAGAAGAACUAUGAAACUCCUCCUUGUGUUCAUAAUGGUUCACACCAUCUUUAUCCCCUGUUUUUCCUUUGACAUACCAACUUUAUUACCUGCUUUUCCUUUAACCCUAGAUUAUUACAAGUCUACUUGUCCGACAGUCUUUGACGUCAUCAAGAAAGAAAUGGAAUGCAUAGUGAAGGAAGAUCCUAGAAAUGCAGCCAUACUUAUUCGUUUACACUUCCACGACUGCUUUGUCCAAGGAUGCGAUGGAUCAGUGUUGCUAGACGAAACAGAAACACUCAAGGGAGAGAAGAAAGCUUCUCCCAACAUAAACUCAUUGAAAGGAUACGAAAUUAUAGACAGACUCAAGAACAUAAUCGAAUCCGAAUGUCCUGGAGUCGUUUCCUGCGCUGAUCUUCUCACAAUCAGUGCUAGAGAUGCUACAAUCCUGGUGGGUGGACCUUACUGGGAUGUUCUUGUGGGAAGAAACGAUUCAAAAUCAGCAAGUUACGCGCAUGCCACAACAAACCUUCCAACUCCAGAUGAGAGUUUACUCAGCAUCGUCGCUAAGUUUUAUUCUCAGGGUCUCUCUGUUGAAGACAUGGUCGCUCUUAUAGGAGCUCACACGGUCGGAAUGGCACAAUGUCGGAACUUUAGAUCCCGGAUCUAUGGAGAUUUUCAAGUGACGUCAGCCCUAAAUCCACUAUCGGUGACGUACGUGGCAAGUCUCCGAAAGAUAUGUCCCGCGAACAGCGGAGAAGGUGAUAGCAAUGUGGCGGCAAUGGACAACGUGACGCCGAAUCUCUUCGAUAACUCGUUCUACCACACGCUGCUAAGAGGAGAAGGGUUGUUGAACUCGGACCAGGCUAUGUACACGAGCGUGUUCGGGAUACAAACUCGGAAGAUAGUGAGCAAGUACGCGGAGAAUCCUGUGGCGUUCUUCGAGCAAUUCUCUAAGUCGAUGGUGAAGAUGGGGAACAUUUUGAACCCUUCUGGAGGAGAAGUUAGAAGAAAUUGCCGAUUCGUGAAUACAUGAAAACUUCAACAACAAGGAAUAAGCUAUUUCCGAUAUUUUUACUUAUUUAAGAAAGCGAAAAAAGGUCAACCGAAAUUUAUUACUAUUUUAACUAUUUUAAAAAACAUAUCAUAGGUUCUUGAAUGUUUAAAGCUGAUACGUAAUCUUUUAGAGAUUUUCAAAUGAUUUGCGUCUUAUAUAUGUUGUUUGGUUUCGACUCCA